AUGGUCGUGGAUGGCUGUUACGCGACAAAACUCGUACUUCAGCCCACUUUAUCCAGACGAGCGUUCCCGGAAGUUCCUGGAAAGUAUCAGUGUGGUCAGCCAGGCUCGAGAGCAGACAGAAAAGACUUACGUCAGAGGGCGGUUCGGACACGGAGUUCGAGUACUGGUGUCGAGGGCAGCCAUGUAGCAGGGCGUGUGAGGAGUCCAUCCCCACAUGGUCAGGACGCCAUAGUUGUUAUCAGCCAUACUAGCAAGGAGUCGGGACACAGGAUAAAGAAAUUCGAAAAGAAGUCAGAGAGAAGGAAACUGGAUGGCGCGGUCGCUGGUGCUAAACAACGGAAGACUACCUUCCUCGAAGAAUCUGUUGAUGACGUUCACACAUCAGGCGAAUAUGUCCAUCGUCGAUAA